AUGGCAUCAACUAAUCAAUUCAUCGAUGGUUCAAGCGAUAGACCACACCCAGAUUUAGAAACAGUGGAUCUAGGCGACAACAGAGAAGACAAAAUCUCCUUGCAGGAUCCCAACAAGAUCGAGCUAACGCAGUCUGCUGCCUACGACGAAUUGGGAUAUAGCUAUCCCGUGUGGAGAAAAUGGCAAAUCCUCUGCGUAAUGUUUUGCAUCCAAAUAUUAAUCAACCUGAACGCAAGUCUCUCUGCGAACGGCGUCGCGGCGAUCUCGAAGGAGCACAAUGUCAGUGAACAAGUUGCGAGAAUUCCUCAGCUGACAUUUCUUUGCGCCUACGCCUUCGGAUGUGAGCUUUGGGCCCCUUGGAGUGAAGAACUUGGACGAUGGCCAACCCAGCAACUGAGUCUCCUCCUCGUUAACAUCUGGCAGUUACCAUGUGCUCUUGCUCCCAAUUUUGCGACAUAUAUUGUGGUUCGACUCCUUGGGGGUUUGAGUACAGCCGGUGGCUCGGUGACACUGGGAGUUAUUGCGGAUAUGUGGGAGCCCGAUGAUCAGGAAUACGCUGUCGCAUUCCUCGUGCUAUCUAGCGCCUUCCCAAAACGCGCACUAGAAGACCAUUCAUCAAUAUCAUGGAGUUUUGGAGGUUUUGCGAGCGGCAGAAUAUUAUGUAAUAUGUGGUGUGGGGCUGCUGUUGUUAAAACGUAG